GUGCUUAAUGCGAAAAGAAAGAAAAGAAGGGGUUUCACGAUUUUAAAAAAAGAGGGCUUGGAUUUCUAUUUCCGAAAGAACUGCACUACUUGGUUUCCUUCUUCGUUGUCGUUUUGUCUCUAAUCCCCUUUCACUCUCAUUUUUCUUCUUCUUUCGGCGGGUGCGUCUCAUUCCCUCUAUUUUGAUAUGCAGCACACUUGAGAUCACCGGAACCACUCGACUGCUGUAGACGAAGGUUCUCUAGUGAUUUCAACUUUCCUGUUUUGGAUACUGUCUCAUAGACAUACUUCUGAAUGCCUUUGAGGUUCUCAACAAUAAACUUUAGUGUUAUUGCUUGUAUAAAAUGCUUUCCUGCUGGAGUGUGCAGUCCACGAAAUCUGGCUCUGGCAAUAACCAGAGUGCAAGCAAUUUGAAACCUGAAGAGGAGGAUAAAGAAGAGGAGGAAGACAUGGAGGAAGAAGACGAAGAUGUGGAUUUUAAUCCUUUUCUAAAGGAAACCCCUUCACAAGAAGCAUCUUCGAGUUUGAGCUCUGAGGUUGAUGCUUUGGAUGAUAAUGUUGUCAAUAGUGAGCAAUCUGUGGGCACAAAGUCGAAAUCAAAGCUAACCACUAAAAAGGAGCAAGUUUGUGCUGCUGUUGAUUCUGAGCAUGCUGAGGGCAUUCUUUUGCAGUCAUCAGCUUUGAUCUCUCAAUCUGAGAUGAAUCAUGGGAAGCACAAUAACUUGAUGUGUGCAACUGAUUGCAACGAUCCUACAAUAGGAGAACUAAGUAACAUUGCAAAAUCCUUGACUCCAAUAAUAGAUAUAGAUAGCGAGGAUGCUAUCUGUAUGCGCACCCGAGCCCGUUAUUCACUUGCAAGUUUCACUCUUGAUGAGCUUGAGACAUUUCUUCAAGAGACUGAUGAUGACGAUGACCUUCAAAAUGCUAAUGAUGAAGAAGAGUAUAAAAAAUUCCUUGCAGCUGUGUUACAAGGUGGUGAUGCCGAUGCUCUUUCGUCUCAUGAAAAUGAAAAUCUUGAUGAUGAAGAUGAGGAUAACGAUGCAGACUUUGAGAUAGAGCUUGAAGAAUUACUGGAGAGUGAUGUUGAUGAGAAUGCAUCAGUGAAUGCUGGAAAAGAGCAAGAUGGAGCUGGACGACGACCAGAGACUAGGCAAAAUAAGCGUCAGAAGGUCUCUACCCAAUGUGAAAAGAAAACACUGGGACGGGGCAAGAGGCCCCUGCGCCCAAUUUUGCCAAAUUGCUUGAAUGCACCUCUGGCUUCUGGGAAAGGUUUGAUGCCCGAGGCUACUUCAAGUUUUCAUGCUUGUGCUCCAGGAAGUGGUCUUGUGAAUGGGUUCACUACCCAGCAGAUUGGUCAGUUGCAUUGUUUGAUCCAUGAGCAUGUACAACUUCUUAUUCAGGUAUUUUCUCUGUCAGUUCUUGAGCCUUCCCAAAAACAGAUUGCUUCUCAGGUUCAAGGUUUGCUUUCUGAGAUGCUUCACAAGCGAGAUGAAGCUUUAGCUGUGAGAAGGACGCCAUAUCCUAGUAUUUGCUUUACCCCGUCGUAUGCCUGCACAUCGGUGGCCAAUGGAAUCUCCAAACAUCUGCAAUGCCCGAGCAACAUAGAAUCUGCUUCUACACAAGAAGGACAGAGCUUAUGCUUUCCUCAAUCUAAUCAAAGGUGUUCUGAGGGUUCCUUAUGGGUCCCUUGUGUUAGAGGCCCUGUACAAUCUAUUUUGGAUGUUUCUCCACUUAGUUUGGUAGGAAGAUAUGUCGAAGACAUUGAUUCUGCUGCCCAAGAAUUUCGAAAGAGAUACAUUGAAUCUGGUUGUGAUUCACAUGUUGCGAAGGAGCCUCUCUUUCCUUUUUCUUCACCAUCUGCUGAAGCUAACAGUGCAGUUUCAAGUGGCACCACGAAUGGAGCAGUUAAUACAAUCUCACCUUCACCUGGACAACAGCAACCUAAGAAAACUUUGGCUGCCAUGCUUGUCGAAAGUACUAAGAAGCAGUCAAUUGCUUUGGUACCAAAGGAAGUUGCAAAGUUAGCUCAAAGAUUUGUGCCCUUGCUCAAUCCAUCACUAUUCCCACAUAAGCCACCCCCAGCAGCUGUUGUAAAUAGGGUACUUUUUACUGAUUCAGAGGAUGAACUACUAGCCUUAGGGAUAAUGGAGUACAAUACAGAUUGGAAAGCAAUUCAACAACGUUUUCUUCCCUGCAAGUCUAAACAUCAGAUUUUUGUUAGGCAGAAAAAUCGCUGUUCUUCAAAAGCCCCGGAGAAUCCAAUAAAGGCAGUUCGAAGAAUGAAGACCUCUCCUUUGACUGCGGAGGAGAUAGCACGCAUUCAAGAGGGAUUUAAGUAUUAUAAAUUUGAUUGGAUGUUGGUGUGGCAAUUUAUAGUUCCACACAGAGAUCCAUCAUUGCUUCCUCGCCAGUGGCGUAUUGCUCUUGGAACUCAAAAGUCAUACAAGGUAGAUGCAUCAAAAAGGGAGAAGCGAAGAUUGUAUGAAUCGAAAAGAAGAAAAUUGAAAGCUGCUGCUGCGGAAAGUUGGCAAGCCGUAUCUGAUAAAGAGGAUUGUGAUGCUGAAAUUGCUGGUUCAGAGAAUGGCAUGGAUUAUUCAGAUGUUCCUUACGUGCAUCAGGCAUUUUUGGCAGAUUGGAGGCCAGAUACAUCUCUUACUUAUUCUGAACGCUUUUCCUCUACAUCUGGAGAAGGAACUCAAGAUCAUAAUAGUAAUCGGCCUGCAUUUCCAUCUACAUCAAACCUUCAUCAGUUUAUUCACCCUCCAUCUGAUUUAAGAAAUGGAAUACAAGGUGCUUCCAGUACAAUUAAGCCUAAAAUCCCAGGUUUGGAUGUGACAUCUAGCUCCACUUACUAUUGUCGACCUUAUCGGUCUCGGAAGGUAAAUCACACUCACUUAGUGAAAUUAGCACCAGACUUGCCUCCUGUAAAUCUUCCUCCAUCUGUUCGUGUAGUUUCUCAGACUGCUUUUAAAGGGUUCCAGUGUGGAACACCUAAGAUUUACCCUCCUGAAGGUGGUGGUGUCACUGCUGGUAGAAAAGAUAGUUCUGUAUCUCAAAUUCCUCAUGGUGAGAAAUUUAAUAACAUUCAUCAAGCUAAAGGUGCAAGACCUGUGCUAAAGGACAAUGCCACGAGUUCUCAGCCAGAAAGAUCUGGAACUGUGGAAGGGAGAUCUAUUGUGGUAGAAAAUGGAACUUGUACUGAUCUCCAGAUGCAUCCACUAUUGUUCCAAGUAGCUGAAGAUGUCAAUGUGCCUUAUUAUCCAUUGAACCCUAGUUCUGGAACUUCUGGUUCCUUCAACUUCUUCUCGGGUAGUCAACCACAACUAAAUCUUUCCCUUUUCCAUAGUUCACAGCAGCGGAGCCAAGUUGAUUAUCCUAAUAAGGCCACAAAGUCAAAAGAUUCCACUUUAAGGUCAGGCAGCAUUGAUUUUCAUCCACUCCUGCAGAAAUCUAAUGAUACACAAUCACCAACCAAGUUUGAUGCUUGCCAGCCUGAGUCACUGGGUAAUAGUGAUGAGCCAGCUAUAGUCAAUAGAUCUUCUGGUCCUAAUGACAAAUCCAGUGAACUUGACUUGGAGAUGCACCUAAGUUCUGUAUCUGGAAGGGGGAAAUCAGUGAAAAGUAGACAGCAAAAUUUACAUGAUCCAUUAGGGUCUAAAAUCACUCUAGCAGUUGGCGGAACAACAAUGACACCUCAAGAGAAUAGUUUUCUACAAGGUCAGCAGGGUGAUAAAAAUCCUUCUGCCGGCAGUUGUGAACUUGCAUCAAGUGAUCUUCCUUUGGUUGUUCCUAAUGAUAACAUCACCAGAUACGAUGUAGAUGAUAUUGGUGAUCAUUCUCAUCUUGGCAUAGUGAUGGAGCAGGAAGAGCUAAGUGACUCUGAGGAGGAUAUUGAAGAACAUGUAGAGUUUGAAUGUGAGGAGAUGGCUGAUUCUGAAGGAGAGGAUGGUUCUGGAUUUGAACAAGCUCCUGAGGUUCAAAAUAAGGAGGUCCCAACAUCAGAAGAAAAUGUUGCCGAGCAUACAGCUUGUAUAGAAAACCCACGUGAUCUUCAGGCAGGUUCUGAUGCUCAAGUUGAUGAUAGUCUCCUCAAUGAUGCAAGUACUUUAAACAUGGCUUUCGCCAGAGAGGGAUAUGAUGGAAAAAGUAAUUCUUCAUGGUUAAGUUUAGAUUCAUCCUCAUCAGAUAAUCCUAUGCUCUCAAAGACGAAUACUGAAAGUGGUGCAAUUGGUGAAUCUCCUGCUUCUGAAAACUUGGCAAUUGGUAAAGCAAUAACAGAAGAGAGACAUACCAUAGACAUGCUACAACAGCCAGCUGUAGGUCCUCUUGUGUUUGCCAUGCCUCGUAAACCCAGAAAGCGUUCUGGAAAAUCAAACACAAAUUUCGAUACAGGAUUUCCUGAUGAAAUACCAAGCCUUUCCGGUAACAAUAAAGAUGGUUGAAUAUAGUGUUCUGGCAAAUCACUUACAAGUUACAAAUAGCAGGAUUGGCUGCUUAAUGUGCAAGCUGUGGUGAAAAUCAUAAUGCUGGCCGAAGAUGUGCCGCAUGAACCGACCAAUUUUGUUUUCAUGGUUCAUAAUGGCAGCAUCGGCAUAUAAAUAGUAGUUGCAAAUGCUGGAUGGCAGCAGUUACAGUGCUCAAGUGCUAGAGGGUAAGGAAAUAGGCGGUCUUUUAAUGAGAGGCUCCUUCAUAGUUUCUAGGAAUUCCAUCAUGCUUUGAGGCUUUAGAUUUGUAUAUUUAUUUGAGGGUUCAAGUGGUAUUAAAAUCCUUUGUAAAUAUGCGACGAGAUAUCCCGGGGAAAAACAAUUGAUCUUGACUUGUUCAUCAUGUACAAAAUUUUUUCUAGUGCAGGCAUAACAGUCUCCUGAUUCAUGCUAGAAUUGAUGUGAUUGUAUAGAAUAUUGUUCACCAA